AUGGUGUCGAAGCCGGACUUCGUUCAAGCCGACGAUGUGUACACCGACGUUCUUGAUGCGGACGCGGCUACAAGGCAAGAUCUACUCAACCGACUACGCAAAUCUACCGCGUCAAAAGCAUGCUUUGUAUACUACGCGCUCACAGAUGGCGAGUUUUACAUCGAGAUGAUUCGGCUACAUCGGCUCGGUAAGUCCGUCCAAGUCAUCAUUGACAAGGGGUGGACAAGGUGUUGCACGGCAGUCCGGAAAUGUGUGUUAGAGCUUGUGGUUGCAGGAAUUCCUGUCUACCACAGCCUUCACCUGAUGCACUACAAGCUCCUCACUAUUUGGGAUGAGGACUCAGCAUUCGCAGUUGGAGGUAGUGCCAACUUGACCAAGGCCGCGUGGACGCGGAAUGACGAGUUUAUUUUCCACGUCGAAGGACGUGGCGCUUACCAGGCACAAGAACGAUUCGACACACUUCUGCAGAAAUGA